GUUAAAAUGAAUAGAAAUGAGGAUUCUAGCAGCAACUCAAGAGGAGAGAGCUAUCAGCUGCAAAGCUUUGAAAUAAGCAGAGAAACAUACGACAAUAAUAAGGCCAAAGGAACAUAUAACAACAAAAUUGAGUUCUUGCUUUCAACAUUAGGCUACGCAGUGAGUUAUGGAAACAUCUGGAGAUUUCCGUAUAUGCUAUAUCAACAUGGAGGAGGGGCCUUCUUUGUUCCAUAUCUCACCUGUUUGAUCAUUUAUGUUUUUCCUUCUUUCUACUUGGAGGUUGCCUAUGGGCAAAUGUAUAGGAAGGCUCUUCACCGAUAUUAUGAUACUAUUAAUCCUAAGCUUUUAGGACUUACAUUCACUGUUGCUGCAAUCUGUUUCUUUACUGGCACUUACUUCUUAUGCUUGAUAAGCUGGUGCUUUGCAUUCCUGCUAAACUCUUUCCAAGAUCCACUCCCAUGGGCUCCCAAAGUCAAUGAAGAUGGUAAAAUUGAAGUGUUUUCAAAUAGAUAUUUUGUUGGUGAGUUCUUGGAUAAAUCAGACAGUCUUUUUGAUAUAAGGUCAUACAACCCAACAAUCAUGUUCUCUCUUGUGCUUAUAAUGGCUUUUGUAUUCUUUACUCUCUACAGAGGGAUUCAUUCUGCAAAGUAUGUAUCAUACUUUGUAGUGCCACUCCCUUACUUUAUCCUAGGUGUCUUCUUCAUCAAAGGAAUUACCCUCGAAGGAUUCUCUAGUGGCUGGGCCUACCUGUACAAACCUGAUUGGUCCAAGCUAUGGACUCUGUCGAUAUGGAGUGAUGGAGCUGGACAAGCUAUAUUCUCGUCAGGACUUGCUAAUAAUACUCUUAUUAAGUUUGCAUCACAUAGGAAGAAUGAUGAGCCUUUGCUGAGUUCUUCAAUACUUCUUCCAUGUUUAAACUUUGCCACUUCUCUAUUUGCCUCCCUUGCUUUGUUCUCAUUCGUUGGACAUGCAUCUUAUACUUCAGGAAUCCCAAUUGAUGAUAUGAAUGUGCAAGGGAUGGAACUAAGCUUUGUGGUCUACCCAGCACUGAUCAAUACUUUACCAUGGCCUAAUCUCUGGAGUAUCCUGUUCUUCACAAUGAUGACAUCCCUAGGACUAGGAACCGAAUACAUCUAUGUUGAAGUCUGUAGCGACAUAUUCCAUGGAGUAUGUAACAGAAGAAAGAAAUUCAAGGGCAAGAAAAUAGUUAUGACUCUUAUCUUCUGCUUGAUUAUACUCAUCCUCAACCUGGCAUUUUUUGCCUCAAGUGCUGGCUACUAUUGGCUAAAGUAUGUUGAUCGCUACUCAGCAACCAUAAAUCUAGUAGUGUUCUCUUUUGUACAGAUAGUUCUCUUUGUUUAUUUCUUACCUCUUGAGGACCUCUUGAAAAGAAUCAAGAAGUUCGGAGAGACAACUCCCAAGCUGUACGUUAUCUGUCUAAAAUACAUCUGUCCAGUCUUUGCUCUGUUUCUGUCCACCAUGGCUGUGUAUGGAGAUAUCACUCGGAAAGACAAGCCUAAAGAGACUAUUGAUGUGAUCGUUUGUAAUAUCAUCUUUGCAAUUCCUUUGUUGAGCUUUUUAAUAGUGUUUGUGUGGAACCCCUUCGGAAGAUAUGACUUAGAGAAUAAAGCAGAGUACAGAUCAGCAAGUCUUCUAGACGAUGGAGAGGAGAAGAAGGAGUCUAGCCAGUUUGGUGAUCAAUAA